AUAACUCCAAGUGGUGCUGUCAGUAGAACGGUCAAUAUUCAAUUUUAAUUAAAUUAAUAGAACAUAAAGUUACAGGCAAAAUGUUCGCUAUAAGGGCUGUUACAAAAUCCGAUAAAAAUCUGUUACCGUAUUUAUGUAAAACCACUCGUGGUGCUGCAUCAAAAGCCGCAAGACAAGUAGCGGCUGGGGCCAUUGGCAAAAUUGUAGCUGUAAUUGGUGCCGUUGUUGAUGUUCAGUUUGACGAUGACUUGCCUCCAAUCUUAAAUGCUUUGGAAGUGGAAAAUCGUGCUCCACGUCUGGUGCUGGAAGUCGCUCAACAUUUGGGAGAAAACACAGUCCGCACGAUUGCUAUGGAUGGUACGGAAGGUCUGGUACGAGGGCAAAAGGUCCUAGAUACUGGUUACCCAAUUCGUAUCCCGGUAGGUGCUGAAACUUUGGGCCGUAUCAUCAAUGUUAUUGGUGAACCAAUUGAUGAACGUGGUCCCGUCCCAACCAAUAAGACCGCCCCUAUUCACGCUGAAGCUCCAGAAUUCGUGGACAUGUCGGUCGAACAAGAAAUUCUGGUAACUGGAAUUAAAGUGGUCGAUUUGUUAGCCCCUUAUGCCAAGGGUGGUAAGAUUGGAUUGUUCGGUGGCGCCGGUGUCGGUAAAACCGUAUUGAUUAUGGAACUUAUUAAUAAUGUGGCAAAGGCUCAUGGUGGUUAUUCUGUGUUUGCCGGAGUAGGCGAACGCACUCGCGAAGGAAAUGAUUUGUAUAAUGAAAUGAUUGAAUCUGGUGUAAUUUCGUUGAAGGAUAAGACAUCGAAGGUCGCUUUGGUGUACGGCCAAAUGAACGAACCCCCAGGUGCUCGUGCCCGCGUUGCAUUAACUGGAUUGACUGUUGCCGAGUACUUUCGUGAUCAGGAAGGACAAGAUGUGCUGCUUUUCAUUGACAACAUUUUCCGCUUCACCCAAGCUGGUUCAGAAGUGUCUGCCUUGUUGGGUCGUAUUCCAUCUGCUGUGGGUUACCAACCAACACUAGCCACUGAUAUGGGUUCUAUGCAGGAACGUAUUACAACUACGAAGAAAGGUUCCAUUACCUCAGUGCAGGCCAUUUAUGUGCCAGCUGAUGAUUUGACUGAUCCUGCUCCAGCAACAACAUUUGCUCAUUUGGAUGCUACAACUGUAUUAUCGCGUGCCAUUGCAGAAUUGGGCAUUUAUCCCGCUGUGGAUCCCUUGGAUUCCACAUCCCGUAUCAUGGAUCCCAACAUCAUUGGUCAAGAACAUUAUAACGUAGCUCGUGGUGUCCAGAAAAUUUUGCAGGAUUACAAAUCCCUGCAGGAUAUUAUUGCUAUUUUGGGAAUGGACGAGUUGUCUGAAGAAGAUAAACUUACAGUUGCUCGCGCACGCAAGAUUCAACGUUUCCUGUCUCAACCAUUCCAGGUCGCUGAAGUGUUCACUGGUCACGCUGGAAAACUAGUCCCAUUGGAAGAAACUAUCAAGGGAUUCAAUCAAAUUUUGUCAGGUGAGUACGACCAUCUUCCUGAAGUCGCUUUUUAUAUGGUUGGACCAAUCGAAGAGGUCGUGCAAAAAGCGGAACGCUUAGCUAAAGAAGCUGUCUAAACUCGAAUUAUGUCUAUAUACACAUUACAUUUAAUAAAAUAAUUAAAGUAUCGUUUUUUAAUUAAUUAA